AUGUCUGAGCCCAUCAGGAAUAAGAAGCCCGACUUCCCGGUUGCUCCAACCCCGCAAAACACGCCGGCCAACAAUGCUCCCAUCUCAUCUCACGCUCAGCAGCCUGGUGUGUCCAGCAUCAAGGAAGAACCCUUGGAUACCGCGGCGGCCGCCUCUCUCUUUGCCCGGAACCCGGCUCUGAUCAACAUGAUCCAGGGCAAGCUUGGUCAGCUAGUCGGCCGCUCAUCCGGCUACAUCGAGUCCCUUCCCCCGGUCGUCCGCCGCCGUGUGGCCGGUCUUAAGGGCAUCCAGAAGGAGCACUCCAAGCUGGAGGCUCAACUCCAGGAGGAGAUUCUGGAGCUCGAGAAGAAGUACUUUGGCAAAUUCACCCCUCUGUACGAGCGCCGUGCCACCAUCGUGAACGGUGGUGUCGAGCCUACCGAGGAAGAGGUCGAGGCCGGAAAGGAGGACGAGGAGGAAGAUGAGGAGGAGACCAAGGAGGCCGAGGAGGAGACCAAGGAGGAGGGUGAGCCCACGAACGGUAUCCCCGAGUUCUGGCUCUCUGCCAUGAAGAACCAGAUCUCGCUCGCCGAGAUGAUCACCGAGCGCGACGAGGAGGCCCUCAAGUCGCUCACCGACAUUCGCAUGGAGUACCUCGACCAACCUGGAUUCCGCCUCAUCUUCGAGUUCGCCGAGAACGAGUUCUUCACCAACAAGACCAUCGCCAAGACCUACUACUACAAGGAUGAGAGCGGCUACGGUGGCGACUUCAUCUACGAUCACGCCGAGGGCUCCAAGAUUGACUGGAAGGAUGAUAAGGAUCUGACUCUCCGCCUGGAGAGCAAGAAGCAGCGCAACAAGAACACCAAGCAGACCCGCGUUGUCAAGAUCAGUGUGCCCACCGAGUCCUUCUUCAACUUCUUCUCCCCGCCUCAACCACCCGUCGAGGAUGAUGAUGACGAGUCCAUUGCUAGCGACAUCGAGGAGCGUCUGGAGCUGGACUACCAGCUGGGUGAGGAUAUCAAGGAGAAGCUGAUUCCCCGUGCGAUCGACUGGUUCACCGGCGAGGCUCUGCAGUUCGAGGAGCUGGGUGAGGAGAUCGACCCCGAUGACUUUGAAGAUGAGGACGACGAGGAUGAGGACGAGGACGAUGAUGAGGAUGAGCGAGGAUCUGACCGGGAUGUGGAUGAUGACUCGGACGAAGAGGAUGGUUCCUCCAAGCCCAAGAAGGAGGCCGCCGAGUGCAAGCAAAACUAG